UGCAAUCAUUUUAUAUUGGUAGCUUUAAGGGGGUUCAUAGAGCCAAUGAGAGUACACGGGGCGGGGCUAAUUUCCAGUUAUUCAACGGCUGCUUUAUUUACAUAUACACUCCAUCCGUCCAGUGAUAACCUACUUUAAAUGGCAUUAAACGAGAGAUGAAUUAAUUUGCGCCUAGUUCGAAGUUAAUCGGUGUGAUACAAAUUUCAAAUUUUCACAUAUUUAGUGGUGGUUUUCGCGCGUGGGUGUUGAUGAUAAUUUUCGUAAUUUUUUUCAAAUCAAAGGUGACUAAUUUCCUGGUUUGGAAGAGUUCGAUUUUGGAGACGAUUUUAUUAUUUGACCAGACACACAGAUCCAAAACUGGAGAAAUAAAAUGCUGCGCUGAAAACUAUGUCAAUCGACAAAUCAACCCAUCGUAAAAUUCUAUGAACCGGAACAACCGUUGCUUUUGAAAGCCAAAUUACAACCGACUGUUGGGAAUGAGCGUUCUGCAAAACUCACUUUUCGAUUACAACACCGCGCUGAGUCAAUUUCUAGAAGCCAGACGUCAACAACAUCCAUCCCUCGGGCUAGGAUUCUUUCCAGUGAUCGGAUCAGCGAGCGGUAGUGACACUACGGAUAGCCUGAGUCCUUCUCCUCCAGCAGUCACCAACACUGGCAACAAAUCAUUUACCAUCGAUGCCAUCCUCGGUCUAAGGUGCAAACCUAACGCUACCGGAUCCACCGUCCUAGACUAUUCAAAUCCAGCAUCGAAUAAAAAAAAUCACGGAGCAGAAAAACAAGACGACGGUUCUAAUUCUAAAUUAGCUGGUAAAUCGAAACGCGUACGAACCAUAUUUACACCUGAGCAAUUGGAAAGAUUAGAAGCCGAAUUUGAAAGACAGCAAUAUAUGGUGGGCCCUGAAAGAUUAUAUUUAGCUCACACUUUGCAGUUGACCGAAGCACAAGUAAAAGUAUGGUUUCAAAAUAGAAGAAUAAAAUGGCGUAAGCAACAUUUAGAAAUGACUCAACAAAGGCUAGCAUUAAUGAAACACACUCGUCAGCAAAGGCUACUUCAACAACAACAGAUUCAAUCACAGGUUCCCAAUUCAGAAAAUGACAUGGAUGACGGCACCAACGAGCGUAGUUAUUCCAUGAUGUAAGAAUUGAUUUGGCUUUGGUCACUAUAAAGCCCCCAUCGUUAUGUUUUUAAUGUGCUGUUUAAUUAUAUUAUAUUCAAUGUUGUAUGUAGAUAUGUUUUGAUUUUGUGUAAAUGUGUAAAUAAGAGUGUUGUAAAAUUCGGUUAUAAAAAUGAUUAUGUAUUUUCGUGCAAAAAUGUAUUAAAGUAUGUUUUAACUUAUUUUACCAUGCUUCAAGUACGAGUACAACGUUAUUAAAUGCGUUUGCAUUAUUCUUUACAAUAAAGAUUAAAUUACAAUGGACAUUUA